GCAGCUAGAUGAUAAACAAAACAGUGUGUUCAUUUUCACACGUUUGUUAUUUUCCUUCAAAGGCUGGAGAAGAAAACAGUUUUUCUUAUGAAGUAUGGCUAUAGUCAAAAAGGACGACCGACUGACAAGUUCUCAAAGUCUACUGUGCGUCGGUUUUGCCGGGAUUUUUAGCAAAACUGUAACGUCACCUCUGGAAGUCGUAAAAAUUUUGAGUCAAAUAGGAACAUUUCACUGUAAACGCGGUUUUCUGCACCGCUUUGUUUUUAUUUGUCAGAAUGAGGGACUUCGAGCAUUUUGGAAGGGUAAUAUGGUUUCCUGUCUACGGUUGUUCCCCUACAGUGCCAUACAUUUAGCAACUUACAAAAAUAUUGUCCACCUUCAUAUUGAUGAACUGGGUGAUAUCUCACAAUGGAGAGCCAUAGUAGCCGGUGGGCUGGCAGGCAUAUCUGCCGCUCUAGCAACAUAUCCAUUGGAGGUGGUUGAAACCAGACUUAUUGCUCAGAAUUGCAAAGAACCAACUUACAGAGGGUUGCUGCAUUCUCUCUCCAGCAUGUACAGAAAUGAAGGACUUCAAGCUCUCUACAGGGGUUUUUCCCUCACAGUGUUAGGCGCUGUUCCGUUCUCUGUUGGUUGCUAUGCGGUCUAUGUCAAUUUGGAUAAGCUUUGGCAGGAGCGUCAUGUUCGCUUCACGUCUUUGCAGAACUUCAUCAAUGGAUGUCUUGCGGCAGGAGUCGCUCAGACUCUCUCCUUCCCCUUCGAAACUGUUAAAAAGAAGAUGCAGGCCCAGAGUCUUCUUUUGCCCCAUUGUGGAGGAGUUGAUGUCCAUUUUAAUGGAAUGAUAGACUGCUUCAGACAGGUCAUCAAGAACAAGGGUGUCAUGGCUCUUUGGAGUGGCCUUACAGCCAACAUGGUGAAGAUUGUCCCAUAUUUUGGUCUGCUCUUCAGUUGCUUUGAGAUGUGUAAGCAACUCUGCCUUUACCGGAAUGGCUAUAUCAUUUCUCCACUAAGCUACAAACUUAAACCAGGUGUGGACCAAAGUCUGGGCCCAUAUGAACUGCAGGAGUUUAAGCGCUACCUGAGAAACAGAAAAUCACACAAAGCACAAAGUUCAUCCAUAGGAAACCGCUGGUAACUAAUCCCAAGAUUUAUCAGGAAUAAACGGUACUCUGAGAAGUGCAUUGAUAUUAAAUAUUUGUACUGCUCGAAUGCACAGUGUA